GUAAAACAAACGAGGCCUUAUGACGCAAUCGAAACUCUCUACAAAUCUGCCCUUGUUUAUUUAUAGUCUUAUCAGUUCUGAAGAAUCCGCGCUGUGAAUUUCUUCUCGAUUUCUCCGUCAUCGAUCUUUCCACAAUCGCUCCCUCUCUCGCGUUCCAUCGGUAGCUCAAAUCUCGCAUUUACCCAACCAGAUUUAUCGGUAAGCUGCGGCAUCGCUUUAAUUUAUUUGGAUUUAUAUUGGUGGAUGAUUUUUGGAUGGUGAAUUAAUGAAUUGGGAGAUGGCGAAUGGACUGGAAAUGUGUGAUCGAAGAUUUCUUUUCGAAAUGGCGAAAGGGACCAGAGGAAGACGCGGGGUUGCUUCAAGACAGCUUAGGUCAGCACCAUAUCCAAUUCCAUCCUCCUACAAUGUAACCGAGGUCAUGCCACAAAAGGACUGCUCCAAACUCUUGGAGAAGAAAGACUGGGAAGAUGCCACUUGCUCUGUGUGCAUGGAAUGUCCCCACAACGCCGUACUUCUACUGUGCUCCUCGCACGACAAAGGUUGCCGUCCCUACAUGUGUGGAACAAGCAUCCGCUAUUCCAACUGCCUCGAUCAGUACAAGAAGGCUUAUACGAAGUUAAUUUCAUCCAACUCCCAGCCACUUCAAGAUUCAUUCGACAGCCAAAUCACGCGUGCGCUGUCAUCAUCUCAUCAUUCUUUAGAAAAUUGCGAAGCUCUGGAGCUCGCUUGCCCCCUUUGCCGAGGUCAGGUGAAGGGAUGGACGGUCGUAGAGCCUGCGCGGGAUUAUCUCAACGGGAAGAAACGCACAUGCAUGCAAGAUAACUGCUUGUUCAUCGGAACAUACAGAGAACUGCGGAAGCAUGUCAAGGCAGAGCACCCGUCUGCCAAGCCGCGUCAAGUGGACCCCACUCUGGAACAGAAGUGGAGAAGGAUGGAGCGAGAGCGGGAAAGGGACGACGUGAUCAGUACUAUAAGGUCAUCCAUGCCUGGGGCUGUGGUCUUUGGCGAUUACGUGAUAGAAGGAAGCCCGUUCGAUAUUAAUUCGGAGGACGAGGAUGGUUUCGACGCAGAUGCCAUUGCGCGAAAUGAGGGCAUUGAGGUAAGUGCUGGCCGGGAUUUAAUGUCCGUGUUUGUGUUUCUUCAGGCAUUUGGUUCUGCUGGUAAUGUAAUACCCCAUAGAGGCGUUAACCAUAACUCUGAACAAGAAAACAGCGAGGAUGAGGAUGGGAAUGGAGAUGGAGAUGGCCAUGUUCAUCGAGGUAGGGUUGUUUUGGGGCGGUCCGGGAGGAGAAGGCUUCCAGAUUCAAGGUAGGAUGUCUCGAUAUCGAAUGAAUAUAAAUGUUGUUAUUGUUGUUUAUAUAUUAUGUGCAUGUACAUGUAUGUAUUAUACUUUCACACAUUAUUUAGUUGGCUGAUCAUGAUUAGCAUUUUAAGGACAGGCUAGAAUCCAUUGAUGGUCAAGCAAACUUGCUUCAUGUAGCUUUCUAGUUUGUGUAAUUGCUGAUUUAUUCAUUCUGGAGGCUGUUUUAUUGACAUAUAUGCAUGAUCAAUCUGGUCUUUUUUUUU